AUGGAAAAAAAAAUGGCCGUGUUUUUGGGGUUUGCAGGGGAGGAUUCCGAGGAGGCGUACUCGUACCCUUCCACGGAAACAGACGGGAUCAGCACCGCCACUUCCCGGCAACAGUCGGAGUGCGAGCGCAUGUGCGAACUCAACUUCCUACCGCUCCGCCCGGGAGCCUUGGAAGACGAAGAGCUCGCGGAGUUCACCGACCAGGGAAUCGUCAACGCGGCGGGGGAGGCGGUGCUGAUGCGGACCAAGCACGAGGUGUACCUGAUGCGGGGAUUGUGUGGUCUCGGCCCCGGGUUCAUAUCCUUGGACGCUAGCCGGCCGUGGAUGGUCUACUGGAUCCUCCACUCGCUGGACCUGCUCGACCACUUCCCGCAGCAGGAAAUGACUCAAAGGAUCCUGCGCACGGUGUUGUCCUGCCAGGACACCAUCAACGGAGGCUUCGGCGGUGGCCCCCAGCAGCUGCCUCACUGCGCCCCGAUGUACGCCUCCGUUCUGUCUCUGCUCAUCCUCGGAACUCCCGAGGCUUACGCCGGCAUUGAGAGGUCUGCCUUAUACCGAUUGUUUAUGUCGCUCAAACACGCCUCCGGCGGGUUUCGGAUGCACGACGACGGAGAGGUGGACGCCAGAGGCACCUACACUGUCAUCGCGGUGGCGUCGCUGCUGAACAUGCUCACGCCGGAGCUGUCGGAAGGAGUUGCCGACUUUGCGGCUCGAUGUCAGACCUACGAGGGCGGGUUCGGGGGGGAGCCGUGGAACGAGGCGCACGGUGGUUACACUUUCUGCGCUUUCGCGUCCUUGGUUAUUCUCGGGGCGGGCGAGAGAGCAGACCUGGAGGGGCUCCGUCACUGGCUUUGCGCUCGACAGAUGCGCGCGGAAGGGGGGUUCCAGGGGCGAACCAACAAGCUAGUGGACGGCUGCUACUCCUUCUGGCAGGGCGGGGCCGUGGCCAUCCUCGACUACGUUACCGCAGGCCGCGAAAGCGAGGUGAGCCACCGAGACUCUUCCGGACGCCUGUUGGUAGCAACGACAACGGCGACCACACCGCAACAGCAGCAGCACAUCAACGGGGACGUCUCCAAAAGAAGAGAAGGGACAGCAGCCGGCGGAGGCGGUAACGGGGGACAGGGUAUGCAAGACCCGGAGCCCCCAAAGGUGGUGGGGGUAAGGGUAGAGGAAAGCGCGGUGGGAACCGUCGAGGGGGGAGGGGACGGCGUGCGAGAGAUGGAAACCCUCGAGGUCGGGGGGGAGGGGGGAGGGGACGGCUUGCGAGACGUGGAGAUCCUGGAGGUCGGGGCGGACGAGGACGGGGACGGGUUGGUGUUCUCGAGGAAGAGGCUCCAGGAGUACGUGCUCAUGUGCUCGCAGCAGUCGGACGGCGGCUUGAGGGACAAGCCCGGGAAGCCGAGAGAUUUCUACCACACGUGCUACACCCUCAGCGGACUCUCCGUCGCGCAGCACUGCCUUUCAAGCAGCCCGACGGUCGUAGGGAAUUCUUCCAAUCUGCUGAGACCGACCAAUCCAGUCUACAACAUCGCGGAGGAUAAGGUUUUGAGAGCGAUAUCGUAUUUCCAGGCGUUGCCGUCCGACCACGCCACGCUUACGGGGAAAACACGGGCUUGAUCUGAAUUUUUGGGGGCACGAAAGACAAUAUGACCCGUGCUCUCUGUAUGUGUUUUUAUUAGUAGCAUCGACCGCGCUAACCGGCUGAUGAGUGAACAGACGUCAGUCUCGUGCGGUUGAUCACACAAAUGCUUGCAAAGGCCAUUAGCUGGGACCCCGUGGGGGGCGUCAUGUUCGUGUUUGUGUUGUUACCAUCGACCGCACCACAGCAGUAGUAGCAGAUGCAGCCUUACGGAUGAAAGAAACACCCCCCAUGUCUCGGCGGGGGGGGACACGAAACUCCCAACAAAACAACCCACACUUUUUAUGUGCCGUUGUGGCUGCUGUGUGUGCUCUGCGUAAGAUCAAGGUGGGGGGGGGGCAAAAUUCGCGCACCGCGCUGAAUGCGAAUGCCGAAAUUAAUCUGUCUGCGUGUGUGCGUUUGUGUCCGUGUUUCUGUAGUUUUGUAUCGACCGCGUUAACCAAUGAAAGUUGGCCUCUGUUAUUGCGGACGGUGUGCGUGCGUGUUGGUGUACACUUAUGGUAAGAGAAAUGGCGCUGAACAUUGCUAAAUUAGUAGUUUUUGGGUUCCAAGGGAAGAGGUUUGCAUGUGUCGCUUC